GUGCGAAAUUAGAAAGCUAACAUGAGCUAAUGAGUAGCAGUGAGUAAGGUUCUGUUAGGUGGAAAAAAAAUUGUAAGGUUCCUGAAGGUUCAGCAGAAACCGAACCCUGUCAAAAAGACCAAUAUUUGUCCGAAUCCGAAAUCUUGUAUUCGGUGCAUCCCUAUCCAGGAUAGGCUAAUGCACAAAACUGUUUUCAUGUUUGGGAAACUCUUUCCUCUUGCCCCGCCUUGUGGGUCCACAGACACAAAACAUCACUGUUCUAUUUUUUUAUGCUACUCCAAAAUGCAUAAAAACCGGUUAAUCCUUUUGAUUUACUUUAUUGUACAUGUGAUGCAACCUAGUGGCUUAGCUCUCUUAGACAGUAUGACAUCUAGACACAGGUGGCCAGAGAAGGGUUGGGGCCUCUUACAACUGUUGUUAGUGGUGUCUGUCUCUCAGGCUGAGGAGUUGGUGUGCAGGCAGAGAGGGGAUCCUGAGAAUCCCCAGCUAUUGAAGGAUGGGGACAUUAUGUUGGGGGGAAUCUUCUCUUUCCACAACAGCUGGAUAAACAGAAAGGAUACCUACAGGCACAAACCACUGCCACUGCAAUGCACCAGUUUAAAUUUCAGAGGUUUCCAGUAUUCCCAGGCUAUGCUCUUUGCCAUAGAGGAGAUAAAUAACAGCACAGUUCUACUGCCUGAUAUAUCUCUGGGCUAUAAGAUCUAUGAUUCCUGUUCAUCCAUUGCCAGAAGUGUGAGGGUUACACUGGCCUUGGCUAAUGGCAAUGAGGUAUUAUCUGCACUAUCUGCCCCAUGUACCAGACCUGCCCAAGUUCAGGCCAUUAUGGGAGAGGGCUCUUCCUCUCCCUGCAUGGCUAUAGCUACUGUCAUCGGACCCUUUCAUAUCCCAAUGAUCAGUCACUUUGCUACUUGUGCUUGUCUGAGUGAUAAAAACAAGUACCCAUCCUUUCUCAGAACAAUACCCAGUGACUACUACCAGAGCAGAGCUCUGGCCCAGUUGGUCAAGCACUUUGGUUGGACUUGGGUUGGAGCUAUUAGAUCAAAUGAUGAUUAUGGCAACAAUGGCAUGGCCACAUUCACAGAAGCGGCCCAGCAGCUGGGCAUCUGUCUGGAGUAUUCUGUAACUUUCUUUAGAACAGAUCCACCAGACAAAAUACAAAAGAUAGUUGACAUUAUCAAGGCUUCCACUUCCAAGGUGAUUGUCACUUUCCUCUCCGCCAUGGAUAUUAAUGCGUUAGUACAACAGUUGUCUCUCCGCAACAUGACUGGGUACCAGUGGGUAGGCACUGAGGCCUGGAUAUUUGAUUCCCAAACUGCAGCCAUGGAUAGUAAUCACAUUCUGGAUGGUGCUGUAGGCCUGUCAAUCCCCAAAGCACAUGUCAGUGGCAUGAGAGAGUUUUUGAUGAAUGUGAAGCCGCUCAAUUCAUCUAGUAAUGAAAUGUUUCCAGAGUUUUGGGAGAAACUAUUUAGCUGUAAGUUCAAACAGUCAACAUCUUUAGUAGGGAAUCAGAGAGAAUGUACUGGCCAUGAAGAUCUGACUGGAGUGCAAAACAGCUUCACUGAUAUGUCGCUCAUGCCUAUCUUGUACAAUGUCUAUAAAGGAGUGUAUGCUGUGGCCCACGCACUUGAUAAUAUUCUCAGCUGUAACAAAACCUGUAACAAAAAGGUGCAGCUAGAUCCAUAUAUGAUUUUACAGCGCCUGAAAAAGAUUAAAUUCAAAACUAAGGAAGGAGAUGAGGUUUACUUUAAUGAGAAUGGAGACCCAGCAGCAAAGUAUGAAAUUAUAAACUGGCAGCCAACAGAACAUGGCAUUGUGGACUUCGUCACAGUUGGUCUUCAUGAUGCAUCUUUACCUGCAGACAAACAGCUGAAUCUGCAAAAUAAGUCUUUAAUUUGGGCACAGAACUCACAACAGGUGCCUUUGUCAGUUUGCAGUGAGAAAUGUCCUCCAGGAACUCGCAAGGUUCUCCAGAAAGGAAAGCCUGUCUGCUGCUAUGACUGUUUAAGAUGUGCAGAGGGAGAAAUAAGCAACAGGACAGAUUCCAUCACCUGUGUGCGUUGCCACCCUGAGUUCUGGUCAAAUGAGAGAAGAGAUGCUUGUGUGAAGAAGGAGGCAGAGUUUCUAUCAUAUGAAGAGAUUAUGGGAGCGCUGCUCACUGCAGCAUCCUUAUUUGGAACAUGCAUUACUGCUGUUGUGGCAUUCAUUUUCUUCAGAUACAGGAAAACUCCUAUUGUCAGGGCCAACAACUCUGAGCUCAGCUUCCUGCUGCUCUUCUCCUUGACUCUGUGUUUCAUGUGUUCUCUGACCUUCAUAGGCCGGCCCUCUGAGUGGUCCUGCAUGCUGCGACACACGGCAUUCGGCAUCACCUUUGUCCUCUGUAUCUCUUGUGUUCUGGGGAAAACUAUAGUGGUGUUAAUGGCCUUCAAGGCCACACUUCCAGGUAGUAAUGUCAUGAAAUGGUUUGGGCCUACACAGCAGAAACUCAGUGUUCUGGGUUUCACUCUUAUACAAGUUAUCAUAUGUGUCAUCUGGUUAACAAUUUCUCCUCCUUUUCCAUUUAUCAAUUUUAAGAAAUUCAAGGACAAAAUCAUCUUAGAGUGUGCACUGGGCACAGCUGUAGGUUUUUGGAGUGUACUUGGGUACAUAGGACUUCUGGCCAUGUUAUGUUUCAUUCUUGCUUUUCUGGCUCGAAAACUGCCUGAUAAUUUCAAUGAAGCCAAAUUUAUCACCUUUAGCAUGCUGAUAUUCUGCGCAGUAUGGAUCACUUUUAUCCCAGCGUAUGUCAGCUCUCCUGGGAAGUUCAGCGUUGCUGUGGAGAUAUUUGCUAUUCUUGCCUCCAGUUUUGGACUGCUCUUUUGUAUUUUUAUUCCAAAAUGUUAUAUUAUCUUACUGAAACCUGACAAGAAUACAAAAAAGAAUAUGAUGGGGAAGGUGGCACCAAAAUCAUUUUGA